AUGGCCACAGACACGCGACCCUCUGGACGAAAGAACAGCUGCCAAAAGCGAAACUUGUUUGUGAGCUUUAAAGAUCUUGGGUGGCAGGAUUGGAUCAUAGCUCCAGACGGGUACACAGCCUUCUACUGUGACGGGGAGUGCUCGUUCCCACUCAACAUGAACGCCACCAACCACGCCAUUGUGCAGACCCUCGUGCAUCUGGUUGAUCCCGCUCAGGCACCCAAGCCCUGCUGCGCUCCCACCCGCCUCUCGGCCAUCAUGGUGCUCUACUUCGACGACAAUUCCAACGUCAUCCUCAAGCGCUACAAAACAUGGUUCGUCAAGGCUUGCGGAUGCCAUUAG